GAUUUUUAUAUCAGGCCAAGGCAUCAUACAAGGAAUGGCAAAGCCAUCAUCAUUGUCUCUAACAGAUGAAGAAAAAAUAUGCUUGGAACGUACUGAAACCUGUUGUGCGGACAUUUUGAGAGAAGUAAUCACUUGUAAAGUCGGCAGCACACAAUGUCCUGUGUUUUGUAGGAAGUUAUCAAAGGAAUGUAAAUCAUUUACGGUUCCUCAAUGUGAGUUACUUCGUUGUGGAGAUACUGGUAAUUUCGAUGCAGCGUUGUGUAUAAAAGUGAUUAGGAAGAUCAAAGUGAUUAAUCCUCGGAAUGAACAAUGGAAGUCCCAGACAUCGCAUGACGAUCAUUCUCUCUUUGCCUCUAUAAAAAGAAUUUUCCGGUUCCUUAAGGAAGCAGUUUACAGUCCAGAUGAGACCAACUUGAGUUUUAAGGAACUUUGCGGUCAGAUAGAAACUGCUUUUCAGGAUAUCCAAGAGGAGUUACAUUUGGAACGUAAUUUUGCACAAGAUCUGAAUACCAUACUAGCACAAUUGCCUCGACCAGCUGGAACUGAUGUCACAGUAGAACAUCCAGUCAAUGACAGUGAUAAUGCUAGCAUAAUUUAUGAUCGGUUGGCGUCCCAAGUGGAAACUGAUGCAGUAGCAGAUAAUGAUAUUGAUCCAGCUGAAUACAGUUUUCUGUAUCGUUUUACACCCACCGAUUACGUAAGAGCUGUUGAAAAGAUACGUUUGAUCAGAAAAUACAAAGACAGAUUCCAUCCCAAUCUUAAGGCUCCUCAAAGUGAUGUUAUGGUGGUGUAUGCCAAGCAGAACAAAGAUGCCGUCGAGACAUUCCGAAGGAGUAUAGAUGGUCAUCCUUUUCGCCUAAACGGAAAUAAUGUUAAAGCAAGGGCAGUCUUAUUUGACGAUGAGCGGUUUGAGGGGACCGCUUUGGGAUCACUUGAGGAGGCUUAUAACAGGAGUACGUUUGCUUUCUUGUAUUUGACAAAGGAGUUUAUUAAAAAUGACUAUCGCAGACUUGUUGCAGAUUCAUUACUCAUGGACUCCAUAAACAAUGAACACAAAAAAUGGAGGGUUGUACCAUUUCAUACAGCAACUCGCGAAAGUAACUCAUACAAAGUACCAUUAGGUAUCAACACCUUGAAGAGCGAAUGUGUUUUUGAGCAGGAUGAAUUCUAUUGGAAUCGGAUGGAGGAAGUUCUAGGAAACAAAAUUCACGAGAGAGAAGACCGAGAACUUGAGAUGCUUGAAGAGGAAUACCAGGAAGCUGUUAGAAUUCAAAACACUGAUGAAAGACACAGACGUGGUUUGGAGAAAUUAAGCUUGCAAGAUGAACAAUUACCACAUCAUCGUCUUGGUAAGUAUUUGUACAACCAGGGGAAAACAAAGACACUAUUAAACAACUGUAUUUUAAAAGAUGAAUUAAGUAAGUACUGUUUGAGUUUGAUCACAUUUCUUGUCAUGUUUAUAUUAUUAGUUAAACAUUUACCGGUACUUUUAACAAGCAAAUAAGUCCAAAUCUUGUGAUAAACAUUUAAGCAAAGCCCCAUUUGUACACCCUCGCAUGAUAGCAAAGAGGCUUUAACCAUUUGCCUCAAUCCGUGUGUCA